AUGAUGAAAAUCGUACGUAGCUCACGUUUGAGUCAAAAUGGUAGUAAUAAUAAUAGCAGUGAUCAUUCUUUAAAUACAACGUCAAGUCUAAAGUUUCAACGAUCAUCAAGUCAACCUGAUGCUCAUCCUGAUAUUAUUGAAAGAAGAUGGCGUUCAUCAUCGAUUUGUGCUGAAACUUUACAUCAUGAUCGUUUGAUAGCUUCUAAAAAACAUUUAAGUAUCACACCAGACCUUCCGAAUAUGGAAGUGACCACAGUAAUGGUCAAAUAUCAAAAUCCAAAUGAUCAGUGUCUUGGAAUGAAUAAUUUAUCAACAACUCUCGACGAUAAUGCUAAGACAGAUUCAAAUAAUACUAACAAGAAUAGCCUUCUGAAGGCAACAAUGAGUAAUGAAGAAAAUUUGUUACAACUACCUAUUGUAAGGAAUUCAAAAGCAUUUAACGAUACAGAGCAAUUAAAAACAUUACAAAAAUCAAAAUCUGAUGCUUAUUUAUCUGCAAUGAAUUCUACCGAUAAUAAACUAUCUUCUACAAAUAUUGCAACAGCUUCUGUGCCCAGGUGGGAAUGCUGCGUGACUCCUAGCCCAACAGUAAGCUCAAACUCAAGUCGUAGUUCGUGUACUUCUGCUAGCUGCAGUUAUGAGACGAGGGCGAUUUCUUGGUCAAUGCUACGUACUGCUAUAAUAGCCCAUGGCUUUACUGUUUUUGCUGCAAGUAGAACUGUAAAUGCUAAUAAUACUAUUAAUAAUAAUAAUAUUAAUGGCUCGGAAACAAAUCGUGAAGAAACAGUUUCUCAAGGGAAGCUGAAAAAAAUUGCUACACAGCUAACUCAAGCUCUACGUCGAAAACGUCGAGAAACAUUAGCGUUGAAAAGGGAAACACGAGCUACUGUAGUUGUUGCUGGAAUUCUUGGUAUGUUUUUGGUGCUUUUUAAGUUAUUGAAUUUAUUGCAAUUUUUAUUUCCUCAUUAAAA